AGUCAACACUUUUUGACGGGUGGGAAGAGAGGACAUUUUGUACUUAUCGGUUAUCUUUUCAGGAAUUUCCAACGAAUUGACACUGUAGGGUGAUACAGACAGUUGUUGUUUUUUUUCUAUGUGUUUUAUGUUUUUUGGCAGCGUAUGCCGAAAGCGAGAGAGGAUAGAGAGAGACAGAGAGACAGAGAGAGAGAGAGAGAGAGAGAAAGCAGCCUGCUGUCAGUGCAGCUUCACGUCUGUCUAACUGACAGCUAACUUUGGGCUCAUUGAACAAUACAGUGGUUAGCUGUACGGUCAGGGGGAAAGCACCACGGUGUGUGGGAAGUUUUUUUGGUAGCCGACUGCUUUGAAAGAGGAAACGCGGGACUGCAUCAAGAUGGUGACUUUGUCAUCAGUAAUUCGCCCUCUGGCUUCUCAUCUUCACCGGCAGCUCUUGAGGCACACCAGGCGGAGUCAGUGGCUCACUCCCGUCCGUGGAUGUAAUCUAACAGCGUGCUCCAGCAGAUAUGUGUUGUCGCAAAUGCAUCCCAUGUGGCAGGGCCCCCUGGCAGUUCCCGGAGGUGACCGCCAGUCUCCCAUUGAUAUUGUCGUCCGCAAGAGCGUCUUUGAUUCCCAGCUGAAACAUUUGAUCGCUGACUAUGACCCAACAACUUGUCAGCAAAUCUGGAAUAAUGGUUACUCCUUCUUGGUUGAAUAUGAUGACACUACGGACAAGUCAACUUUGAAAGGGGGCCCUUUGCAAGACAAAUUUAGGCUGUGCCAGUUCCACUUCCACUGGGGCGAGAGCAACGCCUGGGGGUCAGAGCACACCGUGGACAGGAGGUUAUUUCCUGCAGAGCUUCAUUUGGUCCACUGGAACUCAGAUAAGUACAGUCUGUUUGAGGAGGCAGUGAUGGAGGACAAUGGCCUGGCGGUUAUUGGAGUCUUUCUCAAGGUGGGGAAGAGACACGAUGGCCUGCAGAAACUGGUCGAUGCUCUCCCUGCAAUCAGACACAAGGGAAGUGUGGUCGAGUUUACGAAAUUUGAUGCUGGCUGCCUGUUGCCAAACAACACUGAGGAUUACUGGACGUACCACGGCUCUCUUACAACGCCUCCUCUGACAGAGUCUGUCACCUGGAUCGUCAUGAAGCAGGCCAUAGAAGUUAGCCAUGAUCAGCUGGCUGUCUUCCGGAGCCUUCUGUUCACCUCGGCCGAGGAGGAGGUCCAGAAGAGCAUGGUGAACAAUUUCCGUGUGCAGCAGCCCUUGCGAGGUCGCACUGUGCGCUCAUCCUUCAGUCCCUUCCUUAAGGAGUCACCAUCUGACCAAGAUGACCAGCACACUCACUGAUGCCACCAAGUGCUCUACUCUUUAUUACUCUGCAUCCUGUUACAGUUGGUGCACCAAAACAAGUGUAUUUUCUAAAAAAACAAAAAAGUAUUUUAAAGUAAAAUGUCAUUUAUAUUGUGCCUGUUGGUUUUACAAACUAACUGUAGUUUUACUGAUUUCUAGUCACAUAAAUUAUAUUUAUUUCAAAUUGACAAUUUGAUUUUAGAAGAGGUUCUGUCGAUCAGCAGCUGAAGACUCAAGAGCACCGUGUGCUGGCCACAGUGGGUAUAACAGAAAAUCCCCCUUUUUGCACCACUGAUAGGCAUUACAUCUUAUUUUUACUGAGUCUUUUUUUUUUCUUACGCUGUCUGUGACAAGCACCCCCAUACAACAAAUUUGUCAAGCAACAUUAAUUAGCCCUUAAUUGGAUACAUUUACACAUGCCGGGUGUUUAUGUGAAUAUUUUUUAUGCUAAAAAGAUAAUCUAGUCCAGUGCCUUAAAUUAUGUUGAGCGGACUUCCACAGUUUAUGAUGAGAGGGACUCACAUUGCCCUUCUACUGUGAGAUAAUUGAAAAGAAGGAGUCUGAAAUGACCUUCUUUCCUUGUUCUCAAGUCUUGUGUUUACGUCUACUGCCACAUUCAUUGUGAUAGUCUCCCCCCACUCAAGGCCUACUCAAGUGUCGUGAAAAGGAAGAAUCACCCCCUUCCCUGUGUAGUUACAGUACUUUAUUAUUCGUUGGUGUCUCUUCACAAUUUUGCCAAAGCUGAAGCAGCUUUCAUUGACACAAGGUCAGCCGACUCUCAAUAAUAUCCAUCAACUAUGCCUUGAAGGGUCAAUCUUACUAUGCAACAUUCGGCCAAGAGGGACGCCUUUUGAGACACCAUGUAGACAAAAACGCGCAAGGCACAUUAUAAAAUGAAGGUCAGAGGGGACUCGGGAUGAGGCGACGGAAGUUUGACAGUGUACAAAACUGUUCUUUGGGUUCUUACCUUAUAGAAUGAGUCUACUUGACGAGUGUAUCUGACUGUGAUCGUAAGCGAUGGCCACUAUUCAUCUUCAUUUCAGAAGAAGAAAGGCUGAGCACUCACGCUUGUCAUUUUAAUCCCAAUGUAACAAUAUUACUGCGCAUACUGACCCCACUCCUCUCUUGAAGUAGCCUUUUCUCUCAUGAUCUCAGACACCCGCCCUGAGCCAUCUCCCCAGUUGGUCCUUGUUGUUGCCCAAGUGGACUGGAUGUGGAAUGAAAAGACAUAAUACACACUUGCAAGUGAAAUGAACAGGUUGCGUAGACAACACAAAAACCAAGAUGAGCAGGUCAUGGCUGGAGGUGGUCCGUUUUGACAUCGCUUGCUGGCCAUAUUUAUGGAAAACAUUUGGUGUCUAUGUUAUUGUUGGUGGUUUUCCAUCGAAUGCAACACAACGCUGCCUUCAUCACAUGUUUCACAGAUGCAUUUGACUGCACAUUAUCCGCCUUCAUGUAUCAUGGCAUUUUAUGAUGUGAAACUUCAUUGAUUCCUAUCAGAAUGCUAUGAAUAUGAACAUCCAUUCAUUAUCUGAACCGCUUAUGCCCACGAGGGUCGCGGGCGUGCUGGAGCCUAUCCCAGCUGUCCUCAAGCAGUAGGCGGGGUACAAAAUCAGUAUCAAUUUCAUUUAAAUAACUGUUGUAUAGCUUCCUUUUUUACAAUCAGUAUUUAUUCACUGAUGAUUUCAAUGUACUGGCAAUUUUGUCUCUGUGGGCCGACAUGUUAUGAGUAUCUCUGCUUGUGUGUCUCUGACUUUUUUUUAGCACUCUAUCAAUGAAUCUGACAUUAUGACAUGCGUCAUUUUUACAAAUCAAUUGCUGUUAUUAUGCUUGUUUUCAUGGUGCCUUUUAUCAUCUGCAGCCACUUACAAAGUGUUAGCUUUUCAGUUUGAGGAUCAUAGAUUGUCCGAAUUUAUGUACGUUGCACACUUUCUAUAUGCACUACAUAUUCUGACUGCUUAUUUGUUCAUGGGGCAGUCAACAUUCCUGGAGAGCGGGGACUCAUCAAAGUCUGUCCUCUCACAGCAUGCCUUUUUGGAUAGCUCCUUUGUUGUCCUGCCGUGCGACCGGGAAGAGUUUUGCUCCUCAAGACCCUUGAUUUUAAGGGAAUGUAUGAAAACAUGUUGAUUGUCCAGAUGGAGAUGGGCGGAAACUGACAUUCAUUCAUGUCAUAGCAAUACAAUGGUGUUUAAUGCAA